AUGAGAUUGAAAAUCAGUGGUAUACCAGGCAAUCCUGAUAAAGUUAUUACAAUAGAGAAUGGAUCUAAUUUAUCACAAUUAAUUGGAGUUAUUAAAGAGUCUGUUAAUGGCAAUUCUGCUGAAUUCGAAUCCGGAUUAAAUGGAAUUAGAAUUGGAUAUCCGCCUCAAAGAAUAGAUAUCAAUGAUGAUAAUCUUAAUAAACCUGUUGAAGAGCUUGGUUUAAAAUCAGGUGAGAGAGUUACUUUAAUCAUUGAAGGAGGUGCUGUCCGUAAUAAUGAUUCUCAAGCAUCAAAUGUUAGUAAUAAUAAUAAAAAUGCGCAAUUACAAUCAUCAAGAAAAUUAAAAGAUACACAAAUGUAUAUUGAUACUUACGAUCGUGGACGUAAAAUUUUACAAGUUCAUAAGGUUCCUGAUGAUAAUUCAUGUCUUUUCCAUUCUAUAUCUUAUUGUAUGUAUAAUGAUAUUUCAUUAUCUGAUGAAUUAAGACAAUUGUGUUCACGUGUCAUUACACAGGAUAAGACGACGUAUAAUGAUGCCAUAUUGGGUAGACCAAAUAGAGAAUAUUGUGAUUGGAUCUUAAGGAAGGAUUCAUGGGGAGGUGGUAUUGAAUUAGCCAUAUUAUCUAAGGAAUUAGAUAUGGGAAUUUAUGUUUUAGAUAUGGAUGCCAUUAAAUUUGAAAAAUUUAAUGAUGAACAAUAUGAUAAAUUUUUCAUAAUAUUAUUUAAUGGGGUUCAUUAUGAUUCUAUUGAAUUAAUUGAUGAAAUGACCAAAGAGAAAUUAACUAUAUUUGAUAAAAGAGAUGAAUUAGGGGAUCUUGUAUUAAAGAAUAUUUUAAAAAUUGCCCAGCGAUUGAAAAGUAAAGGGUAUGCAUUUAAUACUCAAAAAGCUAAAAUAAUUUGUAAUAUUUGUAAGAUGAAAUUUGUUGGAGAAAGAGAUAUUGGAAGACAUGCAGAAUCUACAGGGCAUACUGAUUUUGGACAAAGUACAUGA